UAAUUUUUUUUACACAAAUAUUUCUUUUUUUAAUGAAUUUUCAUUCAGUUAAUAAAAAUUGCAUUUUUAUUUGUUUUUAAAAAUUCAGAUAUUUGUUUGGGUUUUUUUUUUGUGGGUUUUUCUCGUGUUUUAUAUGCUGGCCGGCGAUGCCGACGCCGGCAACCGCAGCUCGGCAAUGCUUAACGGAAGAAGCGGCGCGUGCGUUAGACGAAGCGGUGGCCGUGGCGCGUCGAAGGAGCCAUGCACAGACGACAUCACUCCACGCGGUGUCGGCGCUGCUUUCCUUACCGUCGUCCAGUCUCCGAGAUGCGUGUGCACGCGCGCGAAGCAGCGCGUACCCGUCCCGACUCCAAUUCCGCGCCUUGGAGCUUUGCGUCGGGGUUUCGCUCGACCGUUUACCUUCUUCGAAGACCGUCGAGGACCCUCCGAUUUCCAACUCUUUGAUGGCGGCAAUCAAACGGUCGCAAGCCAAUCAACGGCGCCAUCCAGAAAGUUACCAUUUACAGCAGUUGCACAGUAACAAUAAUAAUAACAAUAACGCCACCGGUUGUUCUCAGACGGCGUCGCUUUUGAAGGUCGAACUUAAAUACUUUAUUUUAUCAAUUCUCGAUGACCCGAUUGUUAGUCGGGUCUUCGGGGAAGCUGGGUUCCGGAGCUGUGACAUAAAGUUGGCUUUAGUUCACCAGCCGGUAACUCAAGUUUCCCCUCGGUUUUCACGUACCCGUUGCCCGCCUAUUUUUUUGUGUAACUUAACGGAUUCGGUUUCGGGUCGGGUAGCGUUUAAUUUCCGUUCCGGGUCAAGAGACGGGGCUGAUGAGAAUUGUAGGAGAAUUGGUGAAGUUAUGGUUAAAAAGAUGGGAAAAGUCCGUUGCUUGUUGGGUUGUGCUGUAGAAGCUUUGAGGGGUUUUACAGAGAGUUUAGCAAGAGGGAAAUCUGGUUUCUUGGAUUGGGAUUUGGCUGGGUUGAAUGUGAUUUCGAUUGAAAAUGAGGUUAAUGAGCUCGUUAUUGGAGGAAAUGAGGAAAAAUUGGAGAUAAAGUUGAAGGAAAUGGAAGGAGUUUUGGAGAAGUGUAAUGGUUCUGGAGGAGUGGUUUUAAAUUUUGGGGAUUUGAAAGGGUUGAUUUUGGAUGGGGUUUUAAGUGAUUCUGUUAGUGCUAUGGUUUUGAAACUAACGGGUUUAAUGGAAGUUUAUAGAAGCAAAUUAUGGUUGAUUGGAGCUGUGGCUAGUGUCGAAAUGUAUAGGAAGUUUUCCGACAAAUUUCCCAAUAUAGAAAAAGACUGGGAUUUGCAGUUGUUGCCCAUUACUUCUUCCAAGAGUUCAUUUGAUGGGGUUUGCUCCAAAUCCAGCUUGAUGGGGUCCUUUGUUCCAUUUGGUGGCUUCUUCCCUACACCAUCAGAUUUGAGAAGUCCAUUAAGUGGCAGAAACCAAUCUAUCCCUCGAUGCAAGCCUUGUAAUGAGAAGUAUGAACUAGAAGUUGCUGCUAUUCUGAAGGGAGGCUCAACAGCUUCAGUUGCUGAUCAGUAUUCAGAAAACUUGCCUUCUUGGUUACGGAUGGCAGCAGUUGACACGACCAAGGGUGUGGAUGUGACAAAGACUAAAGAUGAUGAAACCAUGUUGAAUGCUAAAGUUUCGGGGUUGCAGAGAAAAUGGAAUGAUAUUUGCCAACGUCUCCAUCACACUCCACCAUUCCACAAGUUAGAUAUUACCUCGGGCAGGUCUCCAGCUCCAAUUGUUGAGGUCCCACAGUUUGCCACAGACAAGAAGCAAAGCAGUGGUGAAGAUCUGUCUAUCAGUGAAAGUCGAUUUCCCGAUCAAAGCUCCAGCACACAAAUGCAAUUGCAAAAGAUUUUUCCACCAAAACCUAACAUACCAAUACCGUGUUCUGAAGCUGAGAAUAUUAAUUUCCAAUCCAGGUUACUUGCAGAUGUGUCAAGCCUAGCUCAGCAGACAGAUAUGGAUGUGCCUUGGUUUACUCAUCACCCUCAGCCAAAUCUGAGCUCUUGUCCUGGACGCACACCUUUAUUUGUUCCUCCCAUCACCACAGAUUUAAAGUUAGGAACAAUAUAUGCAUCAACCAGUCAGGAAUCAAACACCACAAAAUCGCUAGAUCAUAAAUCACAUCUUCAGCACUUCUCAGGUUCCAUAUCUGCUGAUGCAAAUAGUGAGAAUACUUCAUAUCAAUUUGCCCAAUCUUCGUCAUGCUCUGGUCUUACAUCAGGUGAGCAUUUUGAUCAAGGGGAUUACAAGUCGAUUAGGAAAGUUCUUUCUGAAAAGGUUGGCUGGCAAGGUGAAGCCGUAAAUUCUGUCAGCCAGGCUGUAUCAAAUUUAAGGAGCAGAUAUGGAAGCCGUUAUGGCAUAAACUCUAAAGGGGAUAUUUGGCUUACUUUCGUUGGACCUGACAGACUUGGAAAGAGAAGAAUUGCUUCAGCACUUGCUGAGGUACUAUUUGGCAGCCAGGAAAACUUAAUCUUUGUGGAUUUGAGCAUGCAAGACAAAGGUAGCCAUUCAAACUCGAUUUUUGAAUGCCAAGAGUUAAAUGGUUAUGAUGUGAAGUUUAGAGGAAAAACAGUUUCUGACUUCAUCGCUGAGGAGUUGAGAAAGAAACCCCAUUCUGUUAUCUUCCUUGAAAAUGUGCAUAAGGCUGAUUAUUACGUCCAACGCAGUUUGGACCAGGCUAUUAGAACAGGUAAAUUUCCUGAUUCGCAUGGGAGAGAAAUCAGCAUCAACAAUACAGUUCUUAUAAUGUCUGCCAUCAGAAAAGGUAAUAUAAAUGUUCUCUGUGAGAAGAAAUCCAUGAAAUUCUCUGAGGAAAGAAUACUGGGAGCCAAAAGCUGGCAAAUGCAAAUUUUAGUUGGUUCCGUUUCUGAUGAUGUCAGCAGAAGCAAUGAUACGAACACGAGAGUUGCAACAAUAAAACAUGCUUCCACUUCUGCAACUGUUAAUAAAAGAAAGAUGAUUGACACUGGUUACUCUUCUGAGCUUGAAAAAACAGACACGAGAGUCCACAAGGCUCCAAGAUCCUGUCUGGAUUUAAAUCUUCCUGUGGAGGAGACAGACGAGGGCAUCAGUUUGGGGGACUCUGAUAGUGAAUCUCUCUCGGAGAACUCAGAAGGUUGGUUGGAAGAACUCUUUAGCCAAGUAUAUAAAAACAUAGUUUUCAAGCCGUUUGAUUUUGAUGAACUUGCCAAUAAAAUUGUAAAGGAAGUCAGCUCACAAUUUCAGACCACUGUUGGGUCUGGGGUUCGGUUGGAGAUUGAUGAAGAAGUCAUGUUACAGAUAGUCGCGGCUGCCUGGAUAUCAGACAAAAAGGAAGCAGUAGAAGACUGGCUUGAAAAAGUUCUCUGCAGAAGCUUUGCUGAGGCUCAGCAGAAGUACCAUCUCACUUCUCAGUCUGUUGUGAAACUAGUUGCAUGUGAUGGUGUUGGUGUGAGUGAGCAAGCUCCUGGAAUAUGUCUUCCUGCAAAAAUUAAUCUGAACUGAUUUUUUGAUGCUGUAAUUAAAUUGUAUAAUGUAGCCCCCAGUUUAUAGGUUCUAGUAUCUAAAGCCUUUGGCAAGCAUUCCCGUAAUUCUUUUGGGUAUUAUUUUUGUGUUGUAUUAAACGCAGUCAAAGAAUGUAUAAUGUUCUCCUUGUCCAAAGAGUAACAGGUUACUUUCUUCUCAGCUUGCCUGCAUUACCUGUAAUCUGACCUUCC